AUGGGCAGUACUAAUUUUCUUCUUUUUAUUUUUUUUCCUGCUCAAGGGACGGGAAGAACUUCAUCGAUUCAGUCAUCAGUUUCUUUACAGGUCCUAUUUUAUGUAAAUGGAAUUUAUUACAUCUUUUACUUCUUGGCAACUCUUGCAAUGAUCGUUUAUAAAAGUCAAGUUUUCAGUUACCCAGAUAGUUUUUUGGCUCUUGAUCUUGCACUGCUUUUUAUUAUGGCCAUUCUUGAAGCACUCCAAUUAUAUUUGGGUUCAAAGGGGAACCUGACUGAAGAGGAGGCUCCGCUGGGGCUCAGCCUUGUGCUCACGGUGGGAAGUGCCCUUCUGUGCGUCUACUUCGUGGCGUGGCAGACCUACGUGCUCCGAGCAGAUGUCAUUUUAAGUGCUGUUCUUCUCUGUACCUACGGUCUCGAGUCAGUGCUCGAGAUCGCAGCCAUUGCUGCUUUUGUCAGCUAG